AUGGAAAGCAAUGUAUCUUCACCACUCAACUCGACCUCUCUUCCAACUCAAGUCCCUCUCAAUACCACCUCUGACAUUAAUGCCACAGUGAAACCCUUCAGUGUGUUUGACGGAUGCGACCAACUGGCAGAGGGCAUUCUGUUUGACCUGACUCUGCAAUGCAUCAACGUAGUAGUGGGAAUCCCAGCCAAUUUACUCCUCAUUGCAAUCCUCAUCCACAAUCUCAAAGAGCCCACCACUUCAGACAUAUUCUUGGGCUGUCUGGCAUUCAUGGACAUCUACUUUGGUGUCAUGACCCCCCUUAGCCUCCUUAACCUUUACCACUGGCAUAGCAAGGCGAUGUGGUCUGCUAUUAAGUUCUCCUUUGGUGUGAAAGACACCAGCGGCCCAUUGUUUCUCUCCUGUAUCUGCCUUGAUCGCUGUGUGGCUGUGCUCUUUCCAGUUACGUUUGGGCAGCUAAAACAUAUUAAGUAUAGGUUAAGCCUCACAGUGCUGGUGUUCUGCCUUACUUUUGCCUACUCAUCAGCCAAGACUGUUGGAGGCCUCCCCAAUUUUGAGAAAGUGUUCACUUGUGAGAUCCUGGCAGCAUUUACUUGGAUGGUUGCAUGCAAUGUAGGUAUCCUGUGGGCCUUGAAGAGGUCUCGUGGUGCAGGGAAAGAUGAGAUGCAUCCCAUGAAGAAGAAGGCCUUUAAGACAGUGCUCUUCAUCCUUUUAAUCAUUGUGUUUAACUACCUUCCACCUGUAGCACUGUUUCCUUUUGAAGACCACUACUCCCCUGAAGUGUUUCGCUGCUAUGUGCAGCCAGUGGGCUUUGCUUUCCUCAACAUCAGCAGCACUGUCCAACCACUUGUGUAUCUAAUUCGUCUGGACAAGGUGCCCUUCCUCUCACACACCUGCAUUAAGAAGUGCUGCUCAUGCACCUCUGCAGAGAGCAACCAUACCCCACCUUCACAAAACCACGCUGCUUAAGCUUAAAGGUCCAGUCUCUAGGAAUUAGUAGCAUCUAGCUAUUGCUGUUGCAUGCUGAAACUACUUGAACCCUUGACCCCGUGCUUCA